UUUGCUAUUUUCCUUUUCCUCCUAUUCUAAACGAACUUCGAAAAAGGGAAAAUCUACUUCGGGAAAAAAGUAGGUAUCACGAAUGUCAAAAAAGGAGAAAAUUGGCUUGGGUAUUUCGGGAGAAGUUCCGCCAAAGAUUUAAAAGGGAGCUUGUAUAAAAAAUGUAAGUAAUUCUCCUUUAAAUUUAAAAUUGCUUGAUUUAAAUGAUUUGUUUGAUAUUUUUCAGGUCGAAAACAACGAAUAAAAGACAGCAAACCAUUUUAAUAAACCUAAUGGAAGCAAGCCCCGAUAUUGCGCGCGGGUUCCACAGAGGCAACAAAGAGGAGGUUGCCCGUUUCUGGCGGAACGCAGAAAUGGAGUUAAACUCUGUAGGCCCACCGAUAAAAAACAUUACUGAGUGGAAAAAGGUUUGGACAGACCAAAAAAAGUAUGUGCGUCACAAGGCUGCCGAAAAUUUUAAACACUCGAGAGGCACUGGAGGUGGUCCGAAUGUGCAAAAACCAUUUUCCCCCAUCGAAGAGGCAAUAUAUAACCUCAUUGGCAUGAAAGAGUCCGUUGAGGGAGUGCCGGCGAAAACUUUUGGAUUGGCGAGUUCUGAUGUGGCUCAAGUAAAUGAGGUGCCAGAGGGGGUUGAAUUAUGUUCCGAGGACUUGGAGGUAAUUUGGGCUGAGAAAUACCCAGCAACAGUAGAAGAAAGUCCGCCAGUGCUCACUGGUUUUGAUUAUGUAUUACCAGCAGCUCCAAAAAGAGCUAGUAAUCCGACUGUAAAGGCGGUGGCGAAAAAUGCUACAGAAGUCGUUGAAGCAGAACGGGCAAUUCAACGAGACAUGUUGGAAAAGGUAACAAAUAUAGUUACUCUCAUGACAGAGCGCAAUGAGGCAGAUAAAAAGCAUUUCGAGGCGAUGAAAGCUCUAAAGAGAGAGGAAAUCGAUGAAAUGCAUCGACAUAAUGAUCUCUUAGAAGAGUUAUUAAGGCUAAAUAUUUAA